AUGAUCAAAUCCACAUUACUUUAUAGGGACGAUGGUCUACCACUAUGUAUGUCUGUAGAUGAUGAUGACAACAGUCCAGCAUUAAAUGAACAAAAAAAGUAUGUAAAGUUGAUAGUGUCCCGGAUGACACCUCAAUCAGCCAAUGAAGCUACGUUAGAAAGUAAUGGAAGUUAUGAGAUUAGCUAUAUACGUAAAGACGUUGUUUGUUAUUUUGUAAUUUGCGAGUCUGGUUAUCCACGUAAUUUGGCAUUCUCAUAUUUAAACGAUAUUGCGGAAGAGUUUCAGCAUUCAUACGGUAAUGAAUACAACAAACCUACUCUAAGACCAUAUGCGUUUGUAUCCUUUGAUACUUUCUUACAACGAACUAAACAAUCCUAUAGUAAUAAGAAAGUCCAGGACAAUCUAGAUCAAUUGAACCAAGAGUUGGUGGGUGUGAAGCAGAUUAUGUCUAAAAAUAUAGAAGAUUUAUUGUAUAGAGGUGAUUCCUUAGAUAGAAUGAGUGAUAUGAGUGCAUCUUUAAAAGAAUCGUCCAAGAAAUAUAGACGUUCUGCUCAAAGAAUUAACUAUGAAUUGUUACUGAAACAGUAUGCUCCUAUUGCAUUAUUAUCCUUUUUCUUCGUGUUCUUAGUAUAUUGGGUAUUUUUGAGAUAA